UGCUGUGAUUCUUUUGGAUGAUGCAGGUUGGUGAUCUUGGACUUUCCAAAGUAAAGUGCCAGACGCUCAUCUCUUCUGGUGUGAGUGGAAUGCUUCCAUGGAUGGCCCCAGAACUUCUGAAUGGGACUACCAUCUUGGUCUCUGAAAAGGUUGACGUCUACUCUUUUGGGAUUGUUCUGUGGGAAAUCCUCACGGGAGAAGAGCCAUAUGCAGGUUUACAUUACGGUGCUAUUCUUGGUGGUAUUGUGAUGAACACUCUGCGGCCGCCCGUGCCUGACUCAUGUGACCCAGAGUGGAGAUCUCUGAUGGAGCAAUGCUGGGCGACAGAACCAUUACAACGCCCAAGCUUUACCCAGAUUGCUGCUAGAUUGCGCUCCAUGGCUGCAGCCAAGAAGGCGCAGCCCUACGGUAACUGAAUUCUGGAGCAUCGCCGACAAGUUCUUACAUUUUAGAAUUCAGUAUUGAAACUACUGAAAUAUACUCCCUCUGUCCCAAAAUAAGUGACUCCGUCCAUUUUUCGAUAGAAUGGUAGAAUUUUUUGUACAGACACAAAAAAUAUGUUGGCAAGUAGUAGAGAAGAGGAGAAUAUUGUAAGUCACUUCUAGAUCAUUGACACGGCCCUGACCAACAC